AUGGCUGAUUUAGCAGAAGAUCAUGAAAACCAGUUAAAAUAUUUAAGAUGUGGACACUCAGAUCACCUGUUGAAGUCUAUCAACAGACUAAGAAAGGAAAGGAAGCUGUGUGAUAUCACUUUAAAAGUUGGAGAAAAAGAGUUUUUUGCCCACCGUGUAAUCCUGAGUGCUUGUAGUGAUUAUUUCUGUGCCAUGUUUACUGGCAACAUGGAGGAAAGUCACAAGUCUGUGGUUGAACUUCAUGGUCUAGACUCAGACACUAUGGAAUUUAUUCUGGACUUUGUAUAUACUGAGACAAUUCAAGUUAGCGUUGAGAAUGUACAAGCCCUGCUUCCUGCUGCAUGUCUUCUACAGUUGACAG